AGCAUCUUCAAAUACAUCGUUUUAAUAUUUAACUUUCAUUAAAAUAGGUAACUUUAACUUAAUCUGUUGAAGAUGCGCGCGCAACUUUAGUACUUUUUUUAUUGAGGUGACUAAUCAAAAACCAUCUUGUUUCUCGUCAGAUGGAUAAAUGUUGUAACUCAGGUGAAACACAGAGACCCCAAAGAAGAGUUCACGGAUUACAACUGCCCCUAAACUAUCAGCAAAUCAUUGCUUGGAUUGUUUUUAUAAUCAGUACUGUUAUCAAUUUCGUAAUCCUUGUGCAAAUACAAUUUUAUGAGCUCAAGGUGAUAUCGAUUUUAACUUUUGCUACUCUGUACGUAGUCUUUGUACUAUCCUAUAUAUUUGCGAUAUACCUUGACCCAGCCGAAGAGGAUCUUAGAAGACGUGAAAUAAACGAUGUUCCUGAGUUCGAUCGUUCGAUACACGCCCAUGUUAUAGAAAACGGAAGAUGCCACCUAUGUAACAUUUACACAAGCAAUAAAAAAACGAAACAUUGCGGUAUUUGCAACAAGUGCGUUUAUAAUUUCGACCACCAUUGUCAUUGGAUGAACAGUUGCAUCGGUCAGAGGAAUUAUAGUGCGUUUAUUGUCUGCGUCAUCACUAUCACUUUAGCAGCAUUGCUGACGGUGUGCUUGUGUUUGGCUGAUAUCAUUUUAUUCUUUAUAUAUCCUCCAUUGUUGAGUAGCGAAGCGCAAAGCUAUAUAAAUUGUACCGUAUACAUGGAACCGAACAUGAAAUACUGUAUGAAUUCAAUUUUGUUCCUGACAUUUUCUACAAUCCACCUAGCUGGAUCGAUAGCGUUAGCAUGUCCUUUAUUGCAUUUACUUUUGUUUCAUAUUUAUAUAUCCAUUUUGGGAUUAUCAACGUAUGAAUACAUUAUGACGACUGAUAAUGUGAAGUACCAACCUGUACAGUGUUGUAAUAUUUCAAUAAACAAAAAGUCUUAUAUAAUAUCCAAAGGAAGCGGAAACCGAGAAGACGGAUCUACGAAAACGAUUUUUAAUAAGAAAAAAGGAGAACCAUCAAACAGUGUACAAGAAAAUGAUAACAGAGUAGCGAAUUUGCUACACAUUUUAAUAAAUGAAGAAAUAAACAAAGCUAAAAACUAUCUUCUGUUUGAUAAGAAUAAAGUACAUCCUCAACAAGAAACAGCAUAAGAUUACACUGAUACAUUUAUAUGACGUAUUUAACUUAGCUUAGUGAUAAUACAAGUUCGUCACGAGUUGACGUUAUCGCGAUAUUUUAUGUUAUGUGAACUUAGAAAAAUGUUUAAUCUCAUAUCUUAAUCAAUAAAGUUGAUGCCUUAUUCAAAUUA